AUGUUUGGAAUCUUCGCGGACUUGAUGUCCUCGGUGCUCACGAUUCUCUUCCCCGUCUUCGCCUCCUACAAAGCCCUCCGUUCCUCUGACCCCUCACAACUCGCACCAUGGCUGAUGUACUGGGUGGUGCUGUCAAUCAUCUUAUUGGCUGAAUCCUGGACGGUGUUCAUCAUCGGAUGGUUCCCAUUCUACAGCUGGAUCCGCCUCGGAUUCAUGGCUUAUCUAGUCCUUCCCCAGACGCAAGGAGCUCGCCUGCUUUACCAGGACUAUGUGGAUCCGUUCUUGACACACCAUGAGCGAGAGAUUGAAGAGGUGAUCGGUCGCACACACGAGCGGGCUAAGGUGUUGGGUCUCCAGUAUUUUUACCAAGCGAUCGAUUUGAUCCGGGUGAAGGUCUUGGGUCUCCCCCCGCAGCGGCCCGCCACGCCCCCUCAGCCCGGUGCCGCUUCCUACGCGCAGUCGCUGCUAUCGCGGUUCAACAUCCCCACCGCCGGGGCAUCCGGAGGCUCUGCCACCACGAAUGACUGGUAUUCGGUGCUCAGUGCCGCCGUAGGCUCAGUCACCGCUCCUGGCAAGUCUCGGGAAGCACGCGAAGAAGAGCUGUCAGCUAGCGGCAAUCUCCUUCAGCGCCAGAUGCAGUCUAUGUCUGGUACCGAGAAGGCACAGUUCAUUUCCUCGCAGCGAGAGCUGCUGGAUCAUCUCCGAUCGACUCUAGCACGGGAAGAGCAGAGCAACACUCGAGGCGAGCCCGAGACCGAUGACCUUGCCUACGGCUUGCCGUUGCGCAAGAAUCAGAGCGAGAAUUCCUUCGAGGUGGUUGACGAUGAGGAUUUGGGACGUCGCCCGGAGCGAAAGACCAGUGGCGGGUGGUCCUCUGGUUGGUUCAGCAACGAGCAGGAUUCCUCGGGCUCCUCUGGCACCGACUUUGCCGCGCGGGCCAUUAAUGAGAUAGCGCGGUCGCGCGCCACUGGGUCUGAGCGAUGA